CAAAGGGGCGGGGUCUUGGGGUCCCUGAAAGGCGCACACCCCGCGGGACCCACCCAGUCCGGCUCUCCUGUCUGCUCCUGACCGGUCGUUCACGCCUGACCCCUUGCCGCCAUGCCCAAGUGCCCCAAGUGCGACAAGGAAGUGUACUUUGCUGAGCGGGUGACCUCUCUGGGGAAGGACUGGCACCGGCCUUGCCUGAAGUGUGAGAAAUGCGGAAAGACGCUGACAUCAGGGGGCCACGCUGAGCAUGAAGGCAAGCCCUACUGCAACCACCCCUGCUACGCCGCCAUGUUCGGGCCCAAAGGCUUUGGGCGGGGUGGCGCUGAGAGUCACACUUUCAAAUAAACCCAGGUCGUGGAAACGCCGUCCCUGGUUGUCCACCGGGCCACUGCCCUUCCAGGCUGAUUCCAGGCCUUAUCCCCAGGCACCCGGGGCUUCCCUGUAGUCUCCCUGGCCCUCAAUAAAGCUGAGCACUCAGAA